AUGAUACGUAGACAAACAAGACUUCGAAGAGAAUACUUGUAUCGAAAAUCUUUGGAAACUAAAGAUAAACAAAUAUUUGAAAGAAAACAAAAAAUAAAAGAAGCAUUACGAGAAGGAAGACCUGUACCCACAGAAUUACGAGAAGAAGCUAUUCAACUUCAAAAAGAAUUACAUUUUGAUGAAGCACAAACUGAACCAACUACUCAUAUUGAUGAUGAAUAUGCACAGGCAGGAAUUUAUGAUCCUAAAAUAUUAAUAACUACAUCACGGGAUCCAAGCAGUAGACUUUCACAAUUUUCAAAGGAAAUACGGUUGCUUUUUCCAAAUUCUCAACGAAUAAAUCGUGGUAAUUAUGUUAUUAAAGAGUUAGUAAAUGCAUGUCGUGCUAAUGAAGUCACUGAUCUUAUAUUAUUGCAUGAAAAUCGUGGUGAACCUGAUGGAAUAGUUAUAUGUCAUUUUCCAUAUGGUCCAACUGCAUUCUUUUCACUUCAUAACGUUGUACUUAGACACGAUAUGAGUAAUGGAAAAACAGUUUCAGAAGCAUAUCCACAUUUAAUAUUUAAUAACUUUAAUUCAAAUUUGGGUAAACGAGUGAUGAACAUAUUAAAAUAUUUAUUUCCAGUACCAAAGGAAGAUAGUAAACGAGUUAUGACAUUUUCAAAUGACACAGAUUAUAUUUCUUUUAGACACCAUACUUUUGUGAAAAUUAAUCAUAAAGAAGUAGAAUUGACAGAAAUAGGUCCUGGAUUUGAAAUGAGACUUUAUGAAAUUAAAUUGGGAACGGUUGACUCAAAAGAUGCAGACACAGAAUGGGUUUUGAGACCUUAUCAAAGAACAGCAAAAAAACGAGAUCAUUUAUAA